ACUCCUUUUCAACAUGCAGUCAAUUAAAGCAAAGAGACAGUGAGAGAAAGACGGGAGAAAUACGGAUAGUAUAAGCUUUAGUAUUGGACGCCACUUGUAAUUGCCGGUGUCAUGCAGUCAUAAACAAAUUGGCUGAAGAGGAGAAAUAUCUCAGUCUUUCCACUUCUGAACUAAACCUAGGCUUGGAUAAAGUAUAACAUCUGGGCGUGCUAGUUUUAUUAUAGAAAUGGGCUCGAAAAAGCAUCGUUCGAAAAAUUCGGCAAAAGUCUUUUCUCGUAGCCUUGAACAUGCUACGAUUUUCUGCCUCUUUGUAGUAGCCUCGAUGCAGCUGAGCUCAGCGUUUAACCUGGACGUGGAGAAUCCCAGUGUCUAUAGUGGAGCUACUGGGAGUCACUUCGGAUAUGCCGUGGAGUUUUACUUGACGAAUUCAAGCUCCAGCAUCCUGGUCGGGGCCCCCAAAGCUAACGCAAGCCAGCCGAAUAUCACGGAGGGCGGCUCUGUGUAUUACUGCCCCUGGGGUCUGGGCCAGUCACAGUGCAACACUAUUGAGUUUGACAAUCAAGGAGACCGCAUGGAUAUAAUCAACAGUACGUACGUCCAGAUGGAGAUGAAGUCUCACCAGUGGUUUGGUGCCACAGUACGUUCCCAUGGCAACACCAUACUGGCCUGUGCACCACUUUACAACUGGAGAACCAUGAAUGAUGUCGCUCAUUCGGACGUCACAGGCAGCUGCUAUCUCUCUGUGGAUAACUUCACCAAGUUUGUCGAAUACGCUCCAUGUCGCUCAGAGAAUUCUGACGCUGCAGGUCAAGGCUAUUGUCAAUGUGGAUUCAGCGCUGAUUUUACCAAGAGUGGCAGAGUGGUCCUUGGAGGACCGGGUAGCUUCUUCUGGCAAGGUCAACUAUUUUCGGCCUCAAAGGAUGAAAUCGUUAAAGCCUACUAUCCUGAUUACUUCCUUCUAUCUGUGACGGGCCAGAUCCAAACCAAGCAAGCUCAGGCCAAUUACGAUGACAGCUACUUGGGUUAUUCUGUCGCUGUGGGGGAGUUUACACAAGAUGGCCAAGAAGACUUCGUAGCAGGAGUCCCCAAAGGAGAGCUGCUGUUUGGCUUCGUAUCCAUUCUAAAUGGAACCAAUCUGCAGACCUUGCUUAAUCUCACUGGUGAACAGAUGGGCUCCUAUUUCGGGUAUGCCGUAGCAGUCACCGAUAUCAACCGCGACGGCCGGGAUGACCUUUUGGUCAGCGCCCCAAUGUUUAUGAUCCGGGGUUCAGGGAGUCGGCUUGAGGAGAUGGGCCGGGUUUAUGUCUACCUGCAGCGAGGACCUCUUCACCUGGAGCACGGCCAGUCGCAUCUCACUGGCACCCAAGAGUACGGCCGAUUUGGAAGCUCCAUUGCUCCGCUUGGAGAUCUUAACCAAGAUGGAUUCAAUGAUGUAGCCAUUAGCAGCCCUUUUGGAGGGGAAAACCAGCAAGGAUUGGUCUUUAUUUACAAUGGACAUAGUGGUGGACUCAAGGACACGCCAUCCCAGAUUCUGGUUGGCCAGUGGGCCUCUAGCACCUUGCCCCCCAGUUUUGGCAGUGCCAUUAGGGGAAACAAAGAUGUGGACAUGAAUGGCUAUCCAGAUCUCCUCGUGGGGGCUUUUGGAGUUGACAAAGCAGUACUUUACAGGGCCCGGCCCAUUGUGAAAACCAGUGCCUCUUUGACUGUGUCCCCUACCAUGAUCAACCCAGAGGAGAAAAGCUGUGAUUUGACAAACGGAAAUGAAACCAUUCACUUGUCCUGUGUGAAUCUCAGUUUCUGCCUCUCAGCCAGUGGAAGGCACCUGCCAGAUCAGCUGGACUUUGUGGCGGAGGUGCAGCUGGACCGGCAGAAGCAGAAGGGGGCCGUGCGGAGGGCUCUCUUCCUGGACACCCAGCAGCCCACCAUGCGCCAGGACCUGAGGCUGCGACCGGGGGCCCGGCUCUGCCACGAGACCAAGUUCUACCUCCGAGAUGAGAAGGAUUUCCGGGAUAAACUCUCUGCCAUCUACAUUGGCUUGAACUUCAGCCUGAACCCCCAGACCGCUGCGGAUGCCCAUGGCCUGAGACCCAUCAUCAACUACCAGACUGCUGACCUCAUCGAGCAGAAGACCCAGAUCCUCCUGGAUUGCGGGGAGGACAACAUCUGCGUGCCUGACCUGAAGCUGGCUGUUUAUGGUGACAAGAGAGAAGUAUACCUGGGUGAUGACAACGCGCUGACGCUCACGUUCAGUGCCAGGAACGAAGGCGAGGGCGGGGCCUAUGAAGCGGAGCUCUAUGUGGUCCUGCCCCCCGAGGCAGACUACAGUGGAAUAGCACGCAAUAAUGAGAGCCUGACGCAACUGACCUGCAGCUACGAGACGGAGAACCAGACUCGCUAUCUGAGUUGUGACCUUGGUAACCCCAUGAAGGCUGGAACUAGUCUUUGGGCAGGCCUCCGCUUCACAGUGCCCCGCCUGAAGGACGCUCGCCGGAUGGUGCAGUUCGAUUUCCAGAUCCGCAGUAAAAACGAGAAUAACUCCCAGAGCGAAGUGGUGCCGUAUAAGUUGGAUGUGAUCGUCCAGGCGGAUGUCAUUUUACAGGGGGUCUCUCGUCCAGACAAGGUCUUCUUUCCGCCUCUCCACUGGAAAGCGACCAAGAGAUGGCAGAUGGAGGAGGAGAUCGGGCCAUCUGUACAGCAUGUGUAUGAGCUGGUGAAUAACGGGCCGAGUCGAAUCAGCCGCACCGUGCUGGAGCUGCGCUGUCCCAAGAUGAUCCAGGGCCACCAGCUGAUGUACCCGCUGGAGGUGAUGACCCAAGGGUCUGUCAACUGCAGCACGAACAACACUAUCAAUCCACGGCAUCUCAAGCUUCAGCAAUCUCCCACUGAGCAGACGCCCCUACCCACCCCUGUUCCCGGCCAUCACAUAGAGAAGAGGGACGCACACAAAGACCAGCUGUCCAAGCUGGGGAACCUGUCCUGCUCAAACGUUGAGUGCUGGAAGCUGAUCUGUGACGUCGGGCUGCUGGAGAAGGGCACCAGCGCCAUCCUCAAAGUGCGCUCCAGGAUCUGGGCAGAGACCUUCAUUGAGAGAACCUACAAGAACUAUGUCCUGGAAUGUUCAGCCCAAUUCCGUGUACUGAAGAUGCCAUACGCCAUCGCACCCAGGGAGGUGCCCAGUGGAGCCAGAAACGUGGUGACGUCCGUGGUGUGGAGCAAACCAGACAGUCAUUACUCCGUGCCGUUGUGGAUAAUCAUACUGGCCAUCUUGGUUGGCCUCCUCCUGCUGGCAUUACUAAUCUAUGUCCUGUACAAACUGGACUUCUUCAAAAGAUCACUACCCUACGGCACAGCUAUGGAGAAGGCCCAGCUGAAGCCCCAGGCUGCUUCAGAUGCCUGAAGUCCUCUGGCAGAUCCAUAUCAUUUACCCAGCGAGACUGUAAAAGGAGCCUGUGUAAGGAACAGACAGUUCAGUUUUAAGACGUAAAGACCACUGGAGCUCCACUGUGCUGCACUAUAGGAAAGAAAAACAGCUGAAACCAAAUGAAUGUUUUUAAUUUAAUAUUUUUGUUUUCAUUUUUCAUCCAGUGGUGUUAUGGUUGGUGUCCAAACACCAAAGACUUUCACUAUGCAAUUAUCCAGCUCAAUUUGAUGCCUUGGGUUUUAAUUUAAUGCAUUUUUGCGAGUCUGUAUGACUCGGGCAGGUAAGAAAAUGGUUUCAACCUGCCCUUUUUUCUCUGGCCUCUAAGAAGAGGAUAACAGUGCUUUAAUUUUUUAAAUGUUGUUGUUGGUGCUAUAGUCAGUCGCAGUGCAUUUCAAGUGCAUGGAACAGCCAAUGGCUCCUACCAUGGGUGUCGAAUGUGGGCGCGAUUCCCACCGUUGUUUUGCCAAGUCCUUGAUCCUAAAUGAAGCCAAAGACCACCAGGGAAAACCAGGCAUUUGAAAGAUGAGAUGCAGGGAGCUUCUUAGCCUCCACGACAAAACUUCUUUUCCUUAAUGGGCUGAUAUCCCUGCUUUGACUGUGGCCUCCUCCUCCUGUGUUUUGACUGCUUUGUUUACAAGCUAAACAUGGUCCAGCACAGAUAGACCUUAUUUUUAAGGUUCCUCAUAGCUUGGUACAUCAGACACUGGGGUCUGUGUUUGAGUCUGAUAGUGGCAUGAAAGUCAUGCACAUAGUCAACAGCAGUGUUUCCCAACCCAGACCACGUUUUCGCUUCCUCUCAGCUCCCAGCGCACCUGUACCAGGUAUUCGGUGUUCCUGAUUGGCUGGGAGGGAGCAAAAAAUGUGGAUUCUCCGGGGUUCCCCAAGGACUGGGUUGGGAAACACGGGUCUACAGCAAAGUCCAAGGUCCUUCAGAGGUUUCAGUAGUUUGUAGGCUGUAAAAAUAAUUCUGUCCUUUCAGAAUAAGUUGUGUUUCAGGUGUGUGUGUGUGUGUGUGUGUGUGUGUGUGUGUGUGUGUGUGUGUGUGUGUGUGUGUGUGUGUGUUUUUUCUCUUCAAAGGAUGCAGUGCUGGUUAAAUUUUGCACUCAGUGGCACCAAAAAUCUACUGAUUUUAAAGGAACGGACAAGAACAAAGGUUGGCUAUCUUGGUCAUCCUGUCUGAACUGUCCACUCGUUUCAUGUUUCUUUUGGUUGUGUUUUUCUUGUUGUUCCUCAGUGCCAGAGCAAUAUAAAUAUAUGAAUAUAUUUUUUAAAAAGUCGCCUGGGACAUGACUGGAGCUACACUGGACUUAUGAAACCUUUAUGGAAGCCUUAAAUGAGGAAGGUGGAGCUUCAUCUUCUCUCUGAUUAGAAUGUGGUGUGUGCAGAACGUGCUGGAGACACCAGCUGACCGGUCGUCUCUAGAGCUUCAGGUGAGGGAUGGGAGGGGAUGUCACUCCCGGCAGAUUUGAAGGUGCCGAGUAGGAGCUCUACAAAAAUGCUGAACUAUGCUGGUGAGCUGUUGUCAAUAGUUAUGAGAAGUCAAACACUGAAAAAGAACGGGGAAACCUUCUGGGUCACAAGUUGAGAAACUCAUCUUAUGCAUGUCAAUGCAAAUGCAAGGAAAGGGGCACAGUGGAACGUACCAUUAAUCCUCUUCACAUAGAAUCUGUCAUUCUCAAGGAACUGCGGUCAGCAACCUAAUACAGAAACCUAGUAGGAAAUGCCUUAGG